CUACACGGUAUAACUGUCGAGUCUUUACAGUCAGGAGGCUCAUCAUCGUCAUCGACCAUUGUUACUUCUCAAAAAGUUCGCCAGAAGCUUGUAAUCACAUAAUAUCUUGCUCUAUAGGCAACAAAGGCCGGAAAACAGCUAGCCCCAUGCGCCUUGGCUCACAGCCCGAGAAUCGCUGUUUUCCCAAUUGUAGCCCGAUCACAUCGGAAUACAAAAAGCGCGGAGUGUGGUAGCUACAAUCGUGAGAAUGUCAGAAUUAGGGUCAGAAACGCAGCUUGACCACGGCGCCGCCAUUAUAUAUGAGUACCACCGGAUGCACAUGGCAAUCCAUGGCCCGGUUGAUGCUGUAUUUUGCCUCUGCAGCCUUGACGUUAGAGUUGCUGAGCGCGCGGCAGAACUCUUUCUCAGUGGCUUUGGCAAAUUCCUCAUCUUCUCUGGAGGAUCUGGCAAGUUGACACAAGGCCGCUUCGAUAAACCAGAAGCCGUGAUGUUCGCGGAACGAGCUCGCGCAAUGGGGGUUAAUCCCGAGCAGAUCAUCGUUGAGCCGUUGUCCACGAACACAGGCGAGAAUGUUCGGUUUACAUGGAAGCUUUUAGAAGAGAUGUCAUUGCGUCUUAAUUCCUUUGUUCUCGUUCAGAAGCCGUACAUGGAAAGGCGGACUUAUGCCACAUUCAAGAAGCAGUGGCCAGACGAGUCAACUAUGAUUAUUGUCACAUCACCUCAGCUUGCAUGGGAUGACUAUCCUGACAACGACAACCCGCGAGAUCUGGUUACAAAUAUUAUGGUUGGAGAUUUGAUUCGUAUCCGAGAUUACCCCAAAAUGGGCUUUCAGAUAUAUCAAGAGAUACCUGCUGAGGUCAUGGAAGUGGCUGAGCGUCUUAUAGCUAGAGGAUACAGUCAUCACCUGCCAUGACUGUCGAACCAAUGACACCCACGUCUACAGUCCACCGAGAAACCUUGGGUAAGAGUUUAAGACUGAAUAGAUAUGCCGACUAUUUACGCCGCGGUAGUACUGACGCAAGCCAUUGGUCAUCCCCUAAUUGACCAAUUGUUGUUCUUGAGAACAUUUCCUACUUAAUUAAUCGACCAUGUAGGGCUCACAAAGCCCUAAAUUGGUA